AUUGUUGUGAUAAACUUAUUAAAUAGAUUGAAUGGCAGGAAAGAACAACCUGUUGGAUGUGGACGAUGUGAAUGUGGGCUAUGAGACCUCUGAGGGAAUCAAGGUCAUCAAGGCGUUCGAAGAGAUGAAACUGAAGAGUGACCUCCUGAGAGGAGUGUACGCUUACGGAUUUGAAAGACCAUCAGCAAUCCAGCAAAGAGCAAUUGUUCCAAUUGUACAAGGGCGAGACGUAAUCGCCCAAUCUCAGAGUGGAACAGGGAAGACAGCCACCUUUUCUAUCUCCAUUUUACAGGCCAUUGACAUCAAUAACAGACAGACACAGGCACUCGUGCUGUCACCUACCAGAGAACUCGCAGUACAGAUCCAAAAGGUUGUUCUGGCGUUGGGAGACAUAAUGAAUGUGCAAUGUCACGCCUGCAUCGGAGGAACCAACAUAGGCGAGGACAUCCGCAAGUUGGACUUCGGAGUACACGUUGUGAGUGGGACCCCAGGAAGAGUGUUUGACAUGAUCAAGAGGAGGAAUCUGGAGACGAAGAAUAUCAAGAUGUUGGUUUUGGAUGAAGCAGAUGAGAUGUUGUCGAAGGGAUUCAAAGAUCAGAUCUAUGACGUGUACAGAUACUUACCACCAGCAACCCAAGUUGUGCUCAUCAGUGCGACACUGCCCAAUGAGAUUCUGGAGAUGACUCAGAAGUUCAUGACGGAGCCCAUCCGCAUCCUGGUCAAAAGGGACGAACUCACGCUGGAGGGUAUCAAGCAGUUCUUUGUGGCAGUAGAGAGGGAGGAGUGGAAGUUCGACACCCUCUGCGACCUCUACGACACUCUCACAAUCACACAGGCUGUUAUCUUCUGCAACACCAGGAAGAAGGUAGAGUGGCUGGCUGAGAAGAUGCGAGAGAGUAACUUCACAGUGAGUAACAUGCAUGGAGACAUGCCUCAGAAGGAGAGAAAUGAGAUCAUGAAGGAGUUCAGAGCAGGCCAUACAAGAGUGCUCAUCACCACAGAUGUGUGGGCCAGGGGAGUGGAUGUGCCCCAGGUGUCCCUCGUCAUCAACUACGAUCUACCCAACAACAGGGAGUUGUACAUACACAGAAUAGGAAGGUCGGGUCGAUUCGGACGAAAAGGUGUUGCAAUCAACUUCGUCAAGUCAGACGAUAUCCGAAUUUUGAGAGACAUCGAGCAGUAUUACGCCACGCAGAUCGACGAAAUGCCAAUGAAUGUACAGGACCUCAUAUAAACAACCCCAUCGCUCUUCGAAAAAAAAUUGGAUAUGAUCUUCAAGCCAUUGAGAGCAACAUUGGAUUAGGAAGGACAAAUGAAAACGAAGCUGCUAGAAAUGAAAUAAGAACUGGCGGUAAACUUAUUGAAUGUUUCAAUUUGAUCAUGUUUCUGGAAUCUUAGUGACUCAUAUUUUAUUUCAUGUUUGAAUGUUGAUACCCGUUCUGUUAGAUAUUAAAUUAAGUUCAACUUGAAGUCAAUUUAUAUGUUAUGUGAUC